AUGAUGUAUUCUUCUAAGAACACUAAUAGAGACGUCGAUGCGCUUACUCAGGACUUAGGCCAACUGAGUUUUGAUGCUGAAAUCGAUAGCAAAAAUCAGGGUGUCGCUGAAUUACCACAUACUCCUUCUAGAUAUUUACAAAGAAAGCCUAAUCAAAAAUCUCCUACUGGAAAGCAGGCGGGAGCUGCGUACUACACAUCAGCACGUAAUGCGGAUGAUUACUCUUUGAUGGAAGUAGAUGAGCGUUCAAAGGACGAUAUUGAUCUAACUCGGUCUCCGAAAAAGUUGCCACUUGACUUUCAUAAGAGAGCCUCCUCAAUUAAAACUAAACGACUUGUGAGCGUUUGCCAAAUGUUCUUUUUGGACUACUAUUGCGAUAUGUUUGAUUACGUGAUUAGUAGGAGAGAACGUACGCGUCAAGUUAUGCAUUACCUUGAGCAACAACGUGGCCAAGGAUGUCAUACAUCUAAAGAAAUCGCAGAUGAAUGGCAGAGUUAUUUGGCUAGGGAAACUGCUAUUUUAAGAAAAAGACGAAUGAAGCCUAAGAAUAAAGAUUUUGAGAUCAUCACACAAGUAGGACAAGGUGGUUAUGGUCAGGUAUAUCUAGCAAGAAAGAAGGACACAAAGGAAAUUUGUGCUUUGAAGAUAUUAAAUAAAAACUUGCUUGCAAAAUUGAAUGGCACAGACCAUGUUUUGACAGAGAGAGACAUCUUAACUACGACUCGUUCUGAGUGGUUGGUUAAGUUGUUGUAUGCCUUCCAAGACGCACAAAGCCUUUAUCUAGCCAUGGAAUUUGUACCGGGUGGUGACUAUAGGACGCUAUUAAUCAAUACUAGAUUCCUACAAGCACCUCAUGCCAGAUUUUACAUUAGUGAAAUGUUUUGUGCAGUUGACGCGUUGCAUAAGUUAGGUUAUACGCAUAGAGAUUUGAAGCCGGAAAAUUUCUUGAUCGAUUCUAAGGGGCACAUAAAGUUAACUGAUUUUGGCUUGGCUACAGGUACAGUUUCUAUGGAAAGGAUUGAAAGUAUGCGAAUUAGACUAGAGGAAGUUAAAAAUUUGGAAUUCCCAGAAUUCAAAGAAACAUCUAUGGAUUAUAGAAGAAAGAUGUACAAUAAGGUCAGAGAAAAAGAGCUGAAUUAUGCAUCUUCUACUGUUGGAUCACCAGAUUACAUGGCAUUGGAAGUUUUAGAAGCGAAGAAUUACGAUUUCACAGUCGACUAUUGGUCACUAGGUUGCAUUCUUUUCGAAAGUUUAGUCGGUUAUACCCCAUUUAGCGGCAGUUCAAGUAAUGAGACAUACGAAAACUUAAGACGUUGGAAACAAGUUUUGAGAAGACCAACUUGUGAAAAUGGAAGAGCUGCCUUUUCAGACAGAACAUGGGAGUUGAUAACUAGAUUGAUAGCUGAUCCUAUCAAUAGGUUGCGGUCGUUUGAACAUGUUAAAAAGAUGAGAUACUUUGCGGAAAUAGAUUUCAACACUUUGAGGACCUUAAACCCCCCUUUUAUUCCCCAAUUGGAUAGUGAUACGGAUGCUGGUUAUUUUGAUGAUUUUACUAAUGACGCAGAUAUGGCAAAAUACGCUGAUGUUUUCAAAAGACAGGAUAAACUCCAUGCCAUGGUAACCGAUUCUGCAAGCGGAGCGGCGUUGGUUGGUUUCACAUUUAGGCAUAGAAAAGGUAAGACUGGCUCUAGUGGUGUGUUGUACAAUGGAUCUGAGCAUGCAGACCCUUUUGCGACAUUUUAUUAG